UGAACCUAUCCUGGACUUGCGGUUCUUUUGUGUUGCCUUCUAACCAAACGAGUUCCUUCAAAGCUUUCUCAUCGGAUAAGUACCGAGCCAGACGGCUGCAGAAAAAUCUUGCUGUACGAGGGAGAGGCGUCUGCCCCUUUUGGGGUUUCAAAAGGUUUCCAUUCACCGGUGGAUAUUGGCCAAAACAAGCCCUACUACUGUGGGACCAUGGGACUUAUGAGGAAGGGGUGCUGCAGCACCCUCAGCACCCCACUUCCCGCGCCACUACUGAAGGCCAACGCAAUCCCAAGCAUCAAGAGUACAGACGUGGAAGAUGAGGAGAGGUAAUCCAGUCCACAACGAGCAACUAUAAAACAAAAGAAAAUGAGGUGUCCUGCAGACGUCACUAUAGAAGAGCUUCACCCUGAGAAGCACGCUCCCCUCCACAUUAAAGAGGAGUCGGAAAUGCCAUACGUCAAACAGGAGGCGGAGCCAGAGACCCCCAACAUUAAAGAAGAAGAACAGGAAGAUGAAAUCACUAAGUCUCCUAUGACUGUUUGUGUGAAGAGUAAAGAAGAUGAAGGUCCGAGUGAAGAGAGCGGAACAGCGAAACCUUCAAGUGAUGACUCAUUUCAACACCUCAUAAAAAAAGAAGAGGGACCAACGCAACCUGACGGUUUGUUAGCUCCGCUCUCGGACAGCGACGACGUAACGUCACACUCUUCUGACUUUAACACUGAUGAGGAGGACAAUGACUUUGAGCAAAAUGCUUCCAAAUCCCUAAAAGCGUCAUCACCUUUUAACUGCUCCCUUUGUGAGCAAACAUAUUCUCUGAAACAUCACUUAAAAAAACACAUGUAUACACACACAGGGGAGAAGCCUUUUGCCUGCUCACUCUGUAGUAAAAGAUUCACUCAGAAGACUCAGUUACAAAGACACACACGUACACAUACUGGAGAAAAGCCUUUUCCCUGCUCACUUUGCGAUAAACGAUUUUGUUCAAAGAAAGAUGUAAUAAGACACACGCGUACACACACCGGGGAAAAGCCUUUUGUCUGCACAACUUGUGAUAAACGAUUCACCCGGAAGGAAGAAUUAAUACGUCACACAAGGACACACACCGAGGAAAAGCCUUUCGCAUGCUCUCAUUGCGAUAAAAGAUUUUGUACAAAGCGUCAGUUAACGACACACACACGUGCAAACACUGGGAAAAAACCUUUCGCAUGCUCUCUUUGCGAUAAAAGGUUUUGGACGAGGCCUCACUUAAUAAGACACACACGUACACACACCGGAGAAAAGCCUUUUCUCUGCACAGUUUGUGAUAAAAGAUUCUCUCAGAAAGGACAAUUAAACUGUCACAUUAAAACACACACUGGAGAAAAGCCUUAUGUCUGCACAGCUUGUGGUAAACGAUUCCUUCUUAAGGGAAGCUUAAACAGACACACAAAGACACACGCUGGAGAAAAGCCAUUUCCCCGCUCAGUUUGCCACAAACGAUUCUCUCAGAAAGAACAAAUAAACUGUCACAUUAAAACACACACUGCAGAAAAGUCUUUUGUCUGCACAGCUUGUGGUAAACGAUUCAUCCAUAAGAGAAGUUUAAACAGACACACAAGAACACAUAAUGGAGAGAAGCUUUUCGAAUGAUCAUAAUAAUCAUAGAUUUAUUUAUAGAGCGCUUUUACCAGUGCUCAAAGACAGUUGAAACAAAGAAAAGGCUUCCACAACGUGCGCUACAGCCGGGCGGUAAACCGAAAAUUUACCGUUACCGAGAUUCUUCACGAUGGGCAGUGUUUGGAAUAACACCGUUAUAAAUAACGCCGUUACAUAACUGCGUUAUUCUUUUAGUAACGGGUAGGGAUGGAAAUUGAUAAGAUUUUUACGAUUCCGAUUCAUUAUCGAUAUUGCUUCACGAUUCGAUUCUUUAUCGAUUCUCUUAUCGAUUCUAAUUUGGACUAAUGGACUGUAUGAGGUUCUGGGUUCAAUAUGUUUUAUGGUUCAUUCGCCUCGGGGUAUUAGUUAGAACACAAGGAGCGGAGAGUGGAGUUGGUCUUUGGCACUUUUAAUACAACUUGGCAACAGGCACAACUAUGUACAGGCAAUGGGACUUGAUAUGAGAAUCACUCAGUGAGCAGGUGGGAGCAAGCGUGGAAAGAUGUUGAUGUAUUUGUAUGUGUGUGAAAGACUGGAAUGUGUGGAUAUAUGUGAAGGAAAGAAAAUUAUUGCUGAUGCAAUAAACAAUGCAAAUUGACGGUAAAGCAGUCAAUAAUACACAUACAUGACUCGCAGCGUAAAGAACACAAAGUGGGUGGGCGUGUGCGUGCGCACAACCCGGAAGCACGCUGCGUGCACAUGCUGUCAUCUUGGCCAUAAAAGUGGCGAAAACUAAGCACUGUACACUCAUAUGGAUGUACAGCAUCAUGUUAAGAUGCUAAACUAACACAUUCCCUCUUAACACAAAUGUGCAACGCGAAUAUAACGGUGGGUGCGCGAGUGCGCGUGCACAACCCGCAAGCACGCUGCGUGCAUGUGCGGUCAUCUUGGCCCAAAAAGUGGCGAAAACUAAGCACUGUACACUCAUCUGGAUGUACAACAUCCUCUUAAGAUGCUAAACUAACUCAUUCCCUCUUAACACAAAUGUGCAACGAGAAUGUAAUGUAAACAACACUUUCCUCGACGCAGCGAGGACGAGCGGAGCAACCAGCCCACAGUAAAAACACGAAACGGUCACGCUGAUAACUGCUCUAAUUUAUCAUAAGAACUUUAUGGCAUGAAGAGGAAAUACUUACAUUCGCUCAUUGACGCACAAAAAUUAAUACUUCCUCUAAAAGGUGGCUGUUCUCUGCUCAAAAUGUGCACCUUACGCCUAUUCUUGGGCCUACAAUCCACAGCGCGCAUGACGUAGGGCAAUAAGAGGAAAUGGAAUGGUUGCUAUGGGAACGAACCAGCAUACCCAUGAAAUCUUUCUAACAGGAGUAUAAAAAUUGCUCAUUAAAUCAUUUAGGAUUGUCUUAGAUGCAUGUAUGUUAUAUUUCUCCUAUAGAGUAUUCGACGAGAAUAUGAUAGACCCAUUAAUAGACUUUUUGGGAAAAGCAUUUCUUUAUGUAGUCUCAUGAAUAUUGACUUGGCCUUUAAAUACCACUUCAUUACCACUCGAUGGCAACACCUUAUCGUACACUUGGUGAGUAGUUACACUGUGAGCGUUCAUGUUGUGAUACUUGCUCACUUGUCGGUAUGUAUCAUGCGCAGUGUCUGUAACGUUGAUUGUACUGUUUGGAAUCUAUAAGAGAAUCGUUAAAUAAUCUGCCAAACGAUUCCAUGGAAUUGAUAGACGCGGAACCGGUUCUCGAUAAGAACUGGUUCUCGAUUCCCAUCCUUAGUAACGGGGUAAUCUAACUAAUUAUUUUUUCCGCCAUUAAAACGCCGUUACCGUUAAUGACGGUCAAAGCGGUGCGUUACUUACUCUGAAUAAUUUGAAGAAACUACCAGCCGUAGCGAGUCUACUCUGCUCUGUUUAUUUGUCAACCAAGACUUGGGGUGUGUUCAGGUUCAAGAAUAGCGCACGUGUUUUGUGCUUUUUCUUAGCAAAGAUAUACCACACAGGACGUGCUGGCACUCUGUUCCUUUAAUAUCACAUAUAACUUCAAAAUGAACACAAACGUACGUCUCUCAGCAGGCCGUGUCUCUAACUUACGCCCGCAUCAUGUGUGCAAAACAAUAAUGGUGACUGUGCACUUUAGGGUGCCUCGGAUGAUUCUGUAUCAGAAUAUUACAGCACGUACUUCUUAUGACUCCAGGCUGUUUGUCCCUGCUCAUUCAAUUAGACAAUGCUUUCCAAAGCUUGCUAACAUUUCUGUGUUUGCUACACCUGAAUGCUAGCCUCGUUCCCAUCCCCCACUGUAAGCCAGCAAGAAUGCUGCUUCCAUCUUGAGGACCGCAGACGCUUUGAGGGUGACGGGAGGAGUAGGAGGACGAGGCUACCUGAAUGCACCCCAUGGAUAGAUGCGAUGAAAGUGAUUGUGAUUGGCUGAGGGUUAGAGUCAUGUGUCAGGGUAAGCCAAUCAGAGCUGGUGUUUUCACACACAAACCGGAACAGCCCGUGCGGCAAACACACACACGCAAAACAGAUGCAGUGGGAUAUAAUGGCAGAGCAUUCAGAGGAAAAUUUGUCCUUUACGAGGUAGAGAUAUAAACACUAUUUCAAGUUGGUCGAAAUUGUAGGAAAGAACGUGCAUGUAAAGUGUCAUUUAUGUCCCGGGACAAAGCUUUUGUCGACAUCUGUAGUAAGCAAUUUAAAUCUGUUUAUUUUUUGUAGCACUUCAAGUGUAGGAUAAAUCUGUUGCUGGUGAGGUGCAAUAAAUGUUACAAGGUUCUAUAACACAACUACUUGCCUGUUCUUCUUUAUUCAACCGACUUGAAUACUGGUCUGAAAAUUUCAAAUUCUUUGACAUACAACUUCUUUUUAAAGCAACGGAAACAGUUACUUUCCCUUGUAACUAGUUACUUUUACUAUAGAGUAAUUCAGUUACUAACUCAGUUACUUUUUGGAAGAAGUAGUGAGUAACUAUAACUAAUUACUUUUUUAAAGUAAUGUGCCCAACACUGAUGAUGGGCGACGUAAUUAUGACCAUGUUGGUAAAUUCAGUAAUUUAAUAAAACAAGAAAAUAUAGUCGUUUUUUUUUUCCGCAUUGGGAUGUACGUAGUUCCCAUGCAAUGUACUCACUUUUGUUGCCAGGGUUUUGGAUAUUAAUGGCUAUAUUUUGAGUUAUUUUGAGGGGAAAAUAAAUGAACUCUAUUAUAUAAGCUGCACACAGACUACUUUUCAUUGUGUCAAAGUGUCAUUUUGUCAGUGUUGUCCCAUGAAAAGAUAUACUUAAAUAUCUGCAGAAAU